AGUAUUUUUGUCCGUUUUUUUAGUUCCAAUUUGAUCUCCGAGCGAGUGUGAGGAAAAUUUGUGGCUUUGUGGUGAUUUUCGCGUGGAAAUUUGUGUGAAAUUGCACGGUGAAAAGUCCAUGAGGGUCAUGGGAGAGUGUUCAAGUGUGCAAAAAGUAAGAAAUUGUACAGAAAAGUCGUAGGAAAAGUGAAGAAAACCCACGGAAGUUUCGUUUUUGUGUGCGUCUGUUUGUGAGUUGCCAAUUUUUUUUUGGGAGCUCUUUCGGGGACAUUCCACGCAGGAAGGGCAGGUGUUGUGGCAUCUGCGGGCAUUUGUGGGGGUACCAUUGGACAUUUAGGCCAGCUACAGAGCACCCAAGAACCUAGAAAGUCAUGGAAUGUGCGUCUGAAAGUGGCGUCACCGGACCACCAUCCAUCGCGGAUGAGGAACAAUCCAAAUGUGAAGAGUUGUCAACAGUGGCAGAGGUGGAAAAUCGAAGGAUAUGCCUCGUUGGAACGGUCCUAGAUGAUGAGGGGACAGUCAAGGCAGCCCAGAGCUUUGGUAUCCCGGUGAUUACCUCAGAAACGGGCUCUGAGUACAUCCUGGAUCACGAUUGGGUCACGUAUUUCGUUGUGAAUCAAUUCGAUGGUCCAAUGUUUGAGGCGAUACACAAGAGCAAACACAGGAUCCUCGGGCCACCGGCGCUUAAGCAGCUUUUCCUCGCAAAGGACGUCCUACCGAGCAGCAAUCGUCCAAUUUACAAUUAUGCAAUGAAAGGUGUUAUUACCUGUUUCACGGGUAUUCGCAAGAAGGAAGAAUUGACACAUUUAGUGAGUUUAAUCCACGCAAUGGGUGGAAAAAUCAGAAAGGACAUGAAUUCGCGAAUAACUCAUCUCAUUUGCAACAAUAGUGGCGGUGAAAAAUAUCAGUACGCUAUGACGUUUCGUUUGACGGUGGUACGAUCGGAUUGGGUUCUGGCUGCCUGGGAGCGUCGCAAUGAGAUGGAUUUCUCGGCAAAUGAAGAGGAUUUCUCAAGGAUGCACCGCACAAAGGCCUUCGAGGGACAGAGAAUUUGUUUCUUUGGCUUCUCACCUGACGAGCACCAGCACAUGGUGGACGUUUUGGUGGCUAAUGGUGGUGCUCCGGCCAACAUUGAUGAUCCCGAAUGCACGCACGUGGUCAUGUCAAAUACGGGUGACCAUUUUCCAGAGAUUCUAAAUCCUUCUCCCGAAUUGAGUGUUUUGGAACCGCCACAGAAGCAAUGUGCCAAUACGGAUGGUGGUGGUCCCCUGUUGACCUCAAGCCCCGUGCAGGAAGCAAAGGGUGUUGCUGAGGCAGUUGGCACAGCUGCUCAAGUGGCACAGGGUGAUGGGGAAGAGAGAUUUUCCCCAAUUGCAGGGCGUUCGGAGGAAUCAUUUGUUGGGGUGGUUUUGCAACCAAUAAAUGAGGAAGAUGAUGAGAGUACGUUGAAGAGGAAGCGCGAUAGCUUCGAUAAUAUCUCAAUGGUGUCCAUUGAUAGCCUGGCACCGUCCGUGAUGUCGGCAAAGAAGCCCAAAUUAACACGAACGGGCUCCAUAAGUCGCACACUGAAGCGCAGUAUGAGCUUCAUGACGCCCAUUUCGAGUAUUUUUCGCCCAUCGGGACGCACGUCGGUUGAUCCCAAUGCCUCCCUGACAUCCAUAACGUCCAUUGAAUCGUCGACGCUCAAUGAGAGCAUCAGGAAGCCCAUGCGGGAGGUUUUCCGGGGUAUGAAGGAGCGCAUUACGCGUGCAUCGAAGAAGGAUUUCGUACAGACGCCAAAGUCCAGCAAAAGCGGCCGUUUGGGGAGGUUUGGGAAGAAGGACGAUGGAGCCGAGGAUGCGGAUGAGACGCUCGAUGUGGCAAAUGCAACACUGAUUGAGGGUGAAGACGAAGCGACUUGUGGCGGUUUCAAGACACCGAUUGCCCCCUCAAAAUCCCAUCCCACAGUUGGCAGACACUCUGUCUGUGGAACACCCACGGAUUAUCCCACAGCAUGUCGAUCUGACACCAACAAUGCCCGAAAGUCACUCAUUCAAGCAAGUUCGAGUGUUCCAACGUCGUCCAUUCUGCCGAUUGUGGAUGAGCACGCUGUUCACAGCAAAUUGGAUGUAAUAAACUCCAAGACGCACAUUCUGAAAGCCGAUUGGUUUUGGUACACCAUCCAGAAUGGAUUUGCCGAUGAGACGGACUAUCGAUUUGAUGAUUAUUUGGACAGCAUAGCCAAUACACCGUGUAGCGAUCGGAGGGAUUCUCUUCCGGUUACGUUCAAUAAGAGGAAGCGGAAGCGUCUGUCGCGAACGAUUAAGGAAGAACUGACACCGCUCGGACUGGGGAAGAGACGCUCCUCUGUGUCCGAUGCGGGUUUGUUGUCAGUUUCGGGAAGUUUCCUCGAAUGUACCGCAAGUCCAGACAAGAAUGAUGUUAGUAAACCAAUUCCGGAAGCCGAAGUAACGCCUGAUGUUCCAGUUUCGACUAAGAAGCAGUCAAUGCGCUACAAUCAUUUCCUGGAUUUCUAUCAGACAGAAUCGAAUUAUGUUGGAAUUUUGGACACGAUAGUUAAGUUGUUCAAGGAACCGCUGGAGAAGAUGGCAGAUAGCAAUCCGAGUGAUGCUCUGCUGAAUAAAUCGGAAAUUCGAGCAAUUUUCAGCAAUUUCCUGCCCAUUCACGAUGUUCACUGGAAGAUGCUGAACUCCAUCAAGGAGCUUCAGGUGAAUUGGGCAGAGGAUUGCCUAAUUGGGAAGAUAAUUCUCGAUCAUCGGGAUGAUUUGAUAAAGGCUUAUCCGCCUUAUGUGAAUUUCUUUGAGCAAAUGAAAGAUGCUCUCAUUCUAUGUGAUAAUCAAAAGCCCAGAUUUCAUGCAUUUCUUAAGAUAAAUCAAGCUAAACCUGAAUGCGGAAGACAAUCCCUUCAGGAUCUCAUGAUACGCCCAGUACAGAGAUUGCCAAGUAUUAGUCUACUAAUAAAUGACAUUCUCAAACAUACACCAAAAAGCAAUCCGGACGCGAAGAAAUUGGAGGAAGCUCUGAGAGCUAUAAAAGAAGUGAUGACGUAUAUAAAUGAAGAUAAACGGAAGACGGAUGGCCAAAUUGCAAUGUUUGAUAUAUUCAACGACAUCGAUAAUUGCCCGCCUGACCUGGUGUCAGCGCAACGUAGCCUGGUGUCAAAGUGCGAAGUUACCGAACUCUCAGAUCAGCUGAGUGGACGCGGUGAUUCGCUAAUGCUGUGUCUCUUCACGGAUAACAUUGAGGUGUGCAAGAAGCGCUCGCGUGGCUUCAAUCAGGCCAAAUCUCCCAGCACAACGAUGAAUGGGUUGAAUGUGACGACCAAAGUGAAGUCCUACAAGCACAUAAAGCUCAUCCCGCUCAGUUCAAUACGCUUCGUGGUGGAUAUUCGCGAUAGUCCGCGGGCAUUUGCACUGAGCUGCCGACUGAGUAAGGAGAACAAGGAUAAGGAGUACUAUUUCAGUAUAAAUGAGGAGGAGGUGGAUAAGACAAUGUACCUGCGGAGUCUGUGUAAGCAACUCGCGGAGAAUUCGUGUCGUGCCGAUGCGGAUCAAUUUCUGGCCAGUGUGGACAGUACGGAGCUGAGUAUUGACAUCAGUGACCUCAACAUUGGUACCCUCUCCAAGGCAUUUAAGUUCGCCACACGGACGCGCCUAAAGGUCGGCCGAGCGUUCUCCUUCAAUAAAACCCCGUCGAAGCUGAAGAGGGCCGUCUCCACGAUGAUGACCAACUCCCUCACACCGGCAUCGCAAUUGGCACAAAUGAAGCUGGCCAGUUGCAACAAUAUCAACAAGAAGAAGGUACAGAAGCAUGGCAGUAUAUAUGAUGCUUUUGCUCUUUAAUUAGGAAAUUGGUGAGGAGGAGAAGGUGUCGAAGAAGGAGCCUCUCAUUGCCCCAAUGUCCGUCCAGCCGACACGAAAGGCCAAUGCCCUGUUGGCGGGCAUGCGACGAAUUUGAUUGCAUUCAACGCAAUGCCGAUCAAAUUGGGAAGAGAUUCUUCAAUUUUCUCUUCUUUUCUUUUUUAUUUUUUAAUUAAAAUUAUAAAGAAAAUUAAAUUUGAAAAGGAAAAUCAUUUAUAUUUAAAGAAAAUUAGGAUGAAUGAAAUCGUGCGAUGUGAAUGAAAGAACGGAAGUAAAAGAAGAAGUAAGAAAAGAAAAAAAUUCUACAAGAAAUUGCGAUUAUAUUAAUCGACAGCACACACGAAGAAUCGUUUAAAUAAGUUCUCAAAUAUAAGUAUUUAGUGAGUAAAAAUUAAAUUAUAAUUAAAUUCAUUAAAAAUAUUUCAAUAUAUUGAAGAGAAUGUUAAUUUAACGGCAAACAUAGAAUUUAAUGUGAAUGAAAAAAUCAUAAAAAAUUGAAUUUUCUUUUUAAAAAAACAUUCUUUAUAUUUCUUAAGUUCUCGCGAAUUUUUGCUUCAAAACUUGAGCUUAUAGAAGAACUUUUAAAUUUUCUACGUGACAACACACCCCCAGAUGAUAUUUUAAAGCUUUGCAAGAUAGUUAUAAAGGAAAGUAAAAAAAAAACAAACCAAUGUACAUAAUGUAAUUAAAAAAAUAUACAUAUUGUAAUAGAUCUACAUCGAA